UUUUCAGUACAGCACUAGCUGGCUAAUUAACUACACAAGGCUGUUUGCAGAGUAUAGUAUUGUCAUCAGGCAGGAGGAGUGUCCACAGCAGAAGUAACAGGCUGUCCGCAGUGCCAGAGCAGGAAAGAAUGCGUGUCCUUUUACUAAACCAGUAACUCUAGCCUACACAUUGUGGAUUAUUUGAUUAGAUUUUCUAACUACUUGAGUAACUUACUUACCUGCUGCCCAGUAGUAUAACCAAUGGAUUAACCUAUUAACCAGAUCCAAGGUACAGCAACAGCAAUGGGAAACCAAGCAGGAAGAUUGGAGGAGCUGGAACAAGGAGUUCCAUCUGCAAAGAGGUCCGGGAUUCCAGCCCCUAGAGAAAUACCGUCCACCAUGUCAAGGGACCGAGUUUCACUACGAGAUCAGUUACGGGCAUCUGGCACUAGGAAAAUGCUGCCUAGCGCUAGCACUUCAAGCAUUUCAUCACUGGCCAAGCACACCCGCACCCCCGUGAAAACGAAAGCGGACAACGAAGUGAACGACAAGACGGUCCUGGAGUGCCAGGUCAAAGAACUCCUCGCCGAAGCCAAAGUCAAGGAAUUUGAAAUCAGCAAGCUGCGCACUGAGCUGCAGCGCUUCAAAGACAAAGGGACGCCAGAUGCAGAGUCCCCUGAGAGCCUAGAUCAGGAGAUGGAGAAUCUGUUGACCCAUCCUGCCGAGCUGCAGUCCCUGGUAAAAAUGCUGCGCGAGAAAAACCGAUCUUUCCAGCAUGAGCUUGCAAUGCUCAGGGAGGAAAACCAGCUUAUAAAAGAAAAACUCUUAAUGUUGGAAUUGUCACCCCUCUCAAGCAGCGAUGGUACUAACAGCCUCCCAGCCUCUUUAGGUAACCCCACCAAGCAUCCAGUAAAUGGGGUCAUUCUGGACAGUGCAAGGCCUCCCGUCAAUUGCAAUCCUUUAAAGAACUCCACCUCUUCAAGCAGUGAUAUAACCAAGGGCUCUCCUUCUCCCGAUUCAUCUGAGUUUGAGAACAUAGUCCCAUCCAGGACUUACUCAGUUAGCAGCGGUAUCGGUAAGGACAAAGGCUCUGGCUGUCAAAAUACGCCACACUACGCCAGAGAGCUGUCUAUGGAGUGCCUCACAGAGCAGAUCCAGAAGAUGGAAGAGAGCCACCACAGCACAGCCGAGGAGCUGCAGGCCACCUUACAGGAGCUCUCAGACCAGCAGCAGGUGGUGCAGGAGCUGACUGCCGAGAACGAGCGGCUGGCCACGGAGAAGUCCCUUCUGCAGAGCUCGCUGAGCCAGCAGAGGGAGCGGGUGGAGCACCUGGCCCAGAAGAACGAGGGCCUGAUGAGCCGUCUGCAGGAGCAAUCCCAGAGUGAGGAGGCCGAAGCCAGAGCUGCGAGGAUUAGAGAGCUGGAGCAGAGGUAUGCCGAACUGGUGGAGAGCUCCAGGUUCGAAAGAGAGAAGCUGGUUGACAUCCAGCAGCAGCUGACAGGCAGCCUGAGAUCUUUGGAGAAGGAGCACCAGGAAAGUCAAGGGCUCAUCAAGAGCUUGAAGGAGGAGAAGGAGCACCUUCAAAGAAAGCUAGAGGCAGAGCAGGAGGCCAACAAUAAGGUUACCAGGAUGUUUGAGGACUGCACAGCCAACACAGAGGUGCUGAAGGUGGAAAAUGGGAAGCUGAAGGUGCAGCUGGAUGUUGAGAAGCAGAAAGUGGUGGAGCUGAAAGCGAUGCAGAGUGCGAGUGAUAAUUCUGAGUUACAGAACCUGCUGAAGGCAGCGCACUCAGAGAAGGAGAGGUUAGACCUAGCUUGCACAGAACUCAAACAGGAGCUGCUGCAGGCCAGCGGGGAAGCUGAUCGGGUGCAGGGAAUGUUGAACAAGGCGGAGGUGGAGUGCCAGCAGCUGCAGAAGCUCUGUGACCAGCAGAGGGAGCAGCUGAGCAGCAGUGCCCACAAGCUGCAGGAGAGGACCUGCGAGAAGGAUUCAGAGAUCAAGGACUUGAAGGAGACCAUCUUCGAGCUGGAGGACCAGGUGGAGCAGCACCGAGCUGUCAAACUGCAUAACAACCAGACCAUCAUGGACUUGGAGAAUCAAGUUCUGAAAUUGGAAGAGCAAAAAAUGGAUCUGGAGAAACGACUAAAGGCACUAAACAAACAGAUGAAGGAAGACGCAGAGGAGUGGAAACGGUUCCAGGCUGACCUGCAGACAGCGGUGGUGGUGGCGAACGAUAUCAAGAUUGAAGCUGCGCAGGAGGUGAGGGCACUGCGCAGGAGCCUGCAGGAGGAGCAGGACCACAGCGCUAGCCUGGCCCGAGAGCUGCAGGAGCUGCAGGGGAGCAGAUCCAGCCUCGGAUCAAGUUAACCUGCAGAGUUGUGCACCUGUCUUAUUGUAAACUGUGCCGCUUGUGAACAAAAACAGCAUUUUCACACAAGUCUUCAUCAGUAUUAAGUGACAAAAAUCAUACCUCCUUUUAUUAUUUUUAUACCUUGUGGAAAAGAUCUCUGAACCACUGGAAGAAUCAGUCUCAGUGACUAUUUAGACUCUACCAAGCUUUCACUUUCCCCAGAUGAACCUUUUUAUACCAAAUAUAUCUAUUCACUUAAAAACAAACAAUUUUACUACUUAGAUAUUUUUUUGUAUGUUACAUUCUUCUAUUUUUCUGAAACUAUGCUUAUGUUUACUGUUUAAAAGUCACCUUAAUUGAUACUGUAUAUGUUUGUGGAAAGCCUUUCUAGAUAUACAGGGAAUAUAUAUCAUGUAUAUUAAUGAUGCUGACAGUGCACAUAGAACUGUCAGGCUGUUACUAUGGAGAUACUACCACUUGUAUGUUGGUCGUUUCCUUUUCAAUUGUGGAACAUACAGUACCUGUGCUUUGUCAUGUGACUCUGUUUAUAUACAUAUCUGGAAUUAAAUGAAAACAUAUCCAUUCUUAACAAUGCAGGUGACUGUAUAAACAAAGUUAUGGUUUUUAUUUAACUAUCAUUUCUAAUACUAUACUGUGUAGAAAAUGUUGCUCUUCGAAUAUUCACAGGGACUUUGAUUGUUUGAACUAGUGGAUUUCUUUGUGGUUUAUGAAAUGCUGCUUAAGAAAUUAUAUUGUGUGUGUGAGAUAUAUAUAUAUAUAUAUAUAUAUAUAUAUAUAUAUAUAUAUAUAUAUAUAUAUAUAUAUAUAUAUAUAUAUUAGUAUACUAUAUUAGGAUAGACAGAUAUUACUUACUCAAAGAAAAAAGGAUACUUAAAGUAUGUUCAAAAUGAAAAUUAAGUUAUUUAAUUUAUUGAAAGUACAAGUGAUUUAUAUAAUUGUUUAACUAUAAUUAUAAGAAUCGUUGAGUGUAGUAUCAUCUUAUUCUGAUAUAGUGACGGCUUCCAAAGCAAUCCAGUCUUUUUUGUUUGGUAUAGGUGUUGUAAACUUUAUUACACGUAGUACACAUUUUUUACCACUUGGUGGCAGAUAAAAUCAUUGCUAACCCAUAUAAAGCAGCCCUCCUGAAUACAUGAUGCGGCUGUCUGAGAAGGAGAGCCACAGGCUAAUUGUACUAUAGAUGUCAAACCAUGCCAGAUUAACCCUGGGCACACGUCCGUGGUAAAUCUUAAAUUAGCAACCCUGACAUGUGGUGAGGGCCUCAGUCACCAGAUCGUAAUUGCAUUUAAUAGCUAAUGAAACUAAUGAAUCACCUAGCACUGCUGUAACAGGUAAACAAAUUAGGAGGAUUCAAGGCGAUACAGAUUAUACACGUACGUGAUCAACGAGUGUAGCACAUGGGUAGUCUUGUUUUUGUCUUGGAAUUGCACUUGCUGUUGUAGCGGUGCCAGUUUUUGCUUUAUCAUUAAAUAGCUGUAUGUUGGCAGAUGCACAAUCCAUUCCCAGGUAUAUUUGCACAAAAAAGUAGUAAUAGCUGAAUUGUAUCUGAUAUUGGAUAUAGAAUCAUAACUGCCAGGCACAGCUUUAGGAAAUAGGAAAUCCUAGUAGAAUUCAUGACUGUUGCUGUUCUCUGGACAUCGUUGCUGUAAAGCCCAGUACUUGUGCAUUAUUUAUUUAUAUAAAAGUGUACAAAACCCUAAGGAGAGUCCAUAUUGUAAAGAUUUGAAUAGCGGCGGUUUUCAGAUAUGCGUCCGUGUAAGUUUAACAGUGGGUGCUGGUUCCAGCAGGAGAUUUAGUGCUGACACACAGGGCAUGGCUUUCAAGAGCUUCUAAUGGAAUUACAUGACCUCUUAGCUCUCACUUUGGGUUCAGAGCAAUCAGUGAUUAACGUGACAUGGUGAUCUCUGAUCAGCUUUCCUGUUGUUCAACCCGUGCAAGUUCAAUAGCUGUGAUGUCUAGGGACCCCGUUACUCCAGUACAAGCUCCUUUCCUUCCUGUUCACAUAACCUCUGCAUGGUUCAGAACGGUGAAGGGUCAUUCGCCAGAAAAGAAUUGUGAAUGCCCUUGAAACUAUUCUUAAUGUACAAGAAUGUGAUGCUUUAAUGCACAGGAAUAUGAUGCCUUGAGAAUAUUUGCUACUCGGUUUGAGUCGCCAUUACUUGAGUGUUUCUUUGUGAAACGAUUAUCUGAAAUGUAUGUGUCCAGCAGUAUAAAGUUCUACACAUCUGCAUUGUGGAAUCCUUUGUGUAUAGCAAUGUUAUUGUGUAAUGUUUUGAUCACGUAUUAAUAUGUUUCAUUUGUAAAAUGAGAUUGAAGCCCUCUGCGUGCCUUUAGACCAAUACAAUUGCACACAAGAGCCCCUCAUUUUAAUGUCUCAUCCAAGCCCUGUACCUUAAAGUGUGCUACCAAGGUGCCACAGUCGUGAAUGGAAGGGUGAGAGAACUGUUUGGGCAAUCCUUGAACUUAGAGCAUGUGCUGGAAUCAAAGCCUUAAACCUGAAAUCUAUAAAGAGAAACGAAGUCUCUUUCAACCACUGUGGCACAUAAUCACUAGCCAGGGCUCUUACUGCACUGCUCAAGUACCAAUGAGUUUAGUUUGUUUCUUUAGUUUUUUUUUUAAAUAUAUUGACAAAGAAAUUUACAGGAAAUAAUGUUGUUUUUAUCGUUUAUUGUUGUUCUGUACAAAUGUAUACCUUUUUCAAUGUAAUAAAUAUGAAAAUGUUUGUAA